CGACACUUUUCUCACUCUCCCGCCACCAUAAGCAGAAUGAUCCUCAGACCUCUCUUCAACCAACACCACCGCCGUGUCUUCUCCUCCCUCCAUCGUCUCCUCACCAACGAAUCAAUAGUCCAACAACACCAACCUCCGCCGCCGUCGCUGCAACCAACGCCAGUUAACUCAGAUCACCUAAUUCGAGUCUGCACGAUCCUCUUUCAACAACAAACCUUUCCAGACUCCAAGCUCCAAUCCAAGCUCUCUACCUGCGUCUUCCAGCUUACCCACGAGUUCUUCCUCCAAGUGUGCAACAGAUUCCCUUUCUCCUGGCGUCCAGUCCACCGCUUCUUUCAGUACAUUCAGCAAACACCUUCCCUACAUAACAAUUUCGCCCACACCUCCGUCUCCUUCAAUAAGAUGCUCGAUGUCUACGGCAAGGCGAGAAACAUGGAUCUGCUCUGGGAAACGACUCAGCAGGCAGGCCAAUUGGGGUUGGUGAGCGACAGAACGUUCGUGAUUGUUCUCAGAACUCUGGCCUCCGCGAGGGAGCUGAAGAAGUGCGUUCAGUUUUUCCACCUGAUGAAUGAUUCAGGGGUUGAAUACAGCUUGCGGAGGUUGAACAAGGUCGUGGAGGCUCUGUGUCGAGAUGGGCUCAUGGAGGAGGCCAAGUACGUGACUUUGAAGCUUAAGGACACCAUUCCCCCAGAUGGGUUCACUUACGGGUGCCUGAUUAAAGGAUUCUGCGACAUCGACGACAUGAUUGAAGCGUCAAAGGUCUGGAAUUUAAUGGUGGAGGAUGGGUUUGAUCCGGAGAUCCAAGUGUUCGAGAAAAUGAUCGAGACGUUCUUCAAAAAGAACGAGGACACUGAAGCCGUGAAAGUGUUCCAAACCCUACGAGUUAACAGGAUGGAAGAACUAGGACUCUAGACUUACAACCUCGUCAUUUCAUGGUUCUGCAAG